AUGGCGGCGGCCGCGCUCACCUCCUCGCGGCGAGCCCUCCACACCAUCCACCGCCACCUCCUCCUCCGCUCCACCCCCACCCCCUUCCCCUCCGCCCGCGCCCCUCCCACCCCCAUCCCCCGCCACUUCCCCGCCCCUCCCGCCCCCUCCCCCUCCCCCUUCUUCACCACCGCGCGGCCCGAGGCGAGGCCGCCGCGGCCCGGCCUUCCGGCCCUGCCGCAGCAGCACAAGGCGACGCAGCGGCUCGUGGGCGGGGUCAGGCAGUUCGCGAGCGGCGGCGGGGGGGCGAAGCUCGCGCCGCUCGGGCAGGGGGUGAAGGGGCUGGGGCGGCCGGUGGAGGUGGCCAAGAACGCCGCGGCGCGGUACCGGGAGGCCGUGGGGCUGCAGGUCGAGGCCUUCUGGCGGCGCAACUACCUGCUGCUCGUCGGCGCCGGCGGCGUCAUCGUCUGCAUCGCGCUCUGGCGGGUCAUGUUCGGCAUCGCCAGCACCUUCGUCGGCCUCUCCGAGGGCAUGGCCAAGUACGGCUUCCUCGCGCUCGCCACCGCCAUGGUUGCCUUCGCUGGCAUGUACGCACGUGCAAGGUUCACCAUAAAUCCUGACAAGGUUUACAGGAUUGCAAUGACAAAGCUCAAUACAUCUGCUGCAAUCCUUGAAGUGAUGGGUGCGCCCUUAGCUGGCACUGAUGUCAGAGCAUAUGUUAUGUCUGGUGGAGGCCCUAAACUAAAGGACUUCAAAUUUAGGGUUGGUGGCAAACGGUGCUUUCUUAUCUUCCCCAUCAAAGGAUCAGAAAGAAAGGGUCUUGUAAGUGUUGAGGUCAAGAAGAAAAAAGGACAGUAUGACAUGAAGCUGCUUGCUGUUGACAUACCGAUGGCGACAGGCCCUGACCAGCGGCUAUUCCUUGUCGGCGACGAGCAGGAGUACAAGGUUGGUGGAGGUUUGAUAUCCGAGCUGCGGGAUCCUAUAGUGAAGGCUAUGGCUGCAGAAAAGGAGUUUGAUUAUCUUGAUGAAAGAGAGGACGCGGAGGAUGAGCGCAGGGAGCGAGAGGAGGCCGAGGAAGAGGCGGCCGAAGCGUUGAGGCGAGAGGAGGACAGAUUACGCGAGGAGGCGAAAGAGAGGCAGCGGCGAGAAGCUGAGAAUCUUGAGAAAGGCAGCUGA